AUGAGAGCGAUUGAUGACGGCAAUGGUGGCAUUUUCUUCAUCGAUGCGCCUGGUGGAACUGGCAAAACCUUCCUUAUUUCAUUACUGUUGGCUUCAAUUCGUUCAAGACCUGACAUUGCCCUGGCGGUUGCCUCAUCGGGCAUUGCAGCCACAAUGUUGGAAGGUGGCCGAACUGCUCAUUCUGCAUUCAAAUUGCCAUUGAAUCUACAGAUGACCGAGGAACCAACAUGUAAUAUUUCGAAGAAUUCAUCAAUGGCGAAAUUGCUGCAGAGUUGCAAGAUUAUUAUCUGGGACGAAUGUACAAUGGCACAUAAAAGAGCAUUAGAGGCACUCGAUCGAACUAUGAAGGAUCUUCGAAAUCAUACAGGACAUUUUGGAGGCGCCAUGAUUCUACUAGCAGGAGAUUUUCGACAAACGCUUCCUGUCAUACCGCGGUCAACGGCAGCUGAUGAGAUAAAUGCUUGCCUUAAACUUUCGUAUUUGUGGCGUUACGUAACGACCCUGCGGUUAACGACAAAUAUGCGAGUUGCGCUUCAAAACGAUUCGUCCGCAGAAAUCUUUGCGAAACAAUUAUUGACUAUUGGCAAUGGAGAAGUACCAGUAGACGUUUCGACAGGAUUAAUUUCAUUCCCGCAAGGUUUUUGGUUUUUCGUAUCGACAAAAGAGGAACUCAUUGCAAAUGUGUUUCCGAAUAUCGUUCAAAACCAUGUGAACCAUGAUUGGCUAAGUUCACGUGCAAUCCUGGCAGCGAAAAAUAAGGAUGUCGACGAAUUGAAUUUUAUUAUCCAGAACACAGUUCCUGGAGAAUUGCAUUCGUACAAGUCAGUAGAUUGUAUGACCAAUCCAGAAGAAGCUACGAACUACCCAACCGAGUUCUUAAAUUCUUUAGAUCUUCCAGGAAUGCCGCCGCACAAUUUACGCAUAAAAGUUGGGAGUGUUAUAAUUAUGCUCCGUAACCUUAACCAACCCAAAUUGUGUAACGGGACAAGCAACCAGCAGCAAGCUCCGGAUCUGGCCAGCGUUGGGCGUUCGAUACUUUGA